CCCAUCCCCUCUUUACAUAUUUAGAUCCCCUUCACCUCCUCUCACUCACCUUGUCUUCUUGUUUUUCUUCCAUUUAUCCUUGUGCCAUCUUCAUCGUUUCGCUGCCCACGUGCUGCACCUCCAACUUACACGCAACACCACCACCCACCCCGACCGUAUAAGUCAUCGCAAGCGCCCACACAUCAAUUCCAUCAUCAUCAUCAUCAUGACCAGAAUCGCCGCCCCCGUCGCCAAGCUCACCCGCGCCAUCAGCUCGGCUCCCGCCGUCGCUAGAUCCGCCAACCCGCUGCUCGACAGCACCUCUCACAGCGCCAGCGUCACCUUGAUGCCCAAGUACGCCGAGCUCCUGCGCAACCGCCACAACGAACACUCCGACUCAUCGCGUGGUCUCUCCACCCAGCACCGCCCUACUCCCCAGCCCAGCAUCGCCAACCGCACAAAGCCUCUGAUGCAGACCUUCCACUCGUCGGCCGCCGCCGCUGCUCCCUCACAACACAUUGACGCCACCGUCCUGCCCAACAUGGACUUUGAGACCGUCGUCUUCUCCGCAGAGCCCCGCGUGCCUAUCCUGCCCGACAACUACAACGUCGCUCACGGCCCGGCGUCGGGCGAUGCCCCCGUCCACAUGCCCGCCAUUGUCGCUGCCGAUCCUGACCGUGUCCUUCCCGCUACGCCUUUGUCGUCGGUCGACACUGUUGGCCUCGAUGGCGUCGAGCUCAAGUUUGUCCAUGAGCAGCCCAAGUACCCCCAGGAGGCUGAGGGUGGCAUGCUCCGCGAUCUCUGGAAGGGCAUGGUCGAUGAUGUCCUGGGCCCUGCCCCCGUCCAGAAGGCCAUCUAAAUCUGGCUUGUUCGGAACGGACGCUUAGGUGUUGACGUCGAGCCUCGCCUUGCGAGACUUGCUUUUAUGAACUAUUAUCAUGACAUUUUUCUUUUUACAUGUAUCCUCUGCGCGGCAUCAUAUAUGUCGGCAGAGCACCGCUCAGACUGGGUCGAGAGACGGAAGCAUUUUAUCAUUUGUUGUACUCAUAUUUAUAUAUCUAAUACCAUAGGCAGUGCGCCUCAAUGACCUGUUGCUUAGAAGCAGCAUCGGUUACAAUACAUUUUUCAACCAACAUUUUUUACAUCACUAAUUGUGUUGUUCAAUUCGUUCACGGUAGCAG